AUGAAUGCAGAGCAAGGCGACUUUGUAGACGACUCGCAAGAUGAGGAUGAUCAGAUAAUACCUGUUGGACUUUCAGAAAGCGAUGCUAGUGAAGUCCAUAACAUGAUCAACUCAGAUCUUUCUGAUGCCAUCUCGUCCUUAGACGACGAACGCGAUAGCGAUUGGGAGAAUGGGACCGGAGAAGAGUUUGAGAACUCAGUGGCCAAUGAUCCAAUACUGAAUAAGGUUAUAAGUUCAAGAGUGCAUGAAUCUACGCCGGUUCCCCCUAUUAAUAGAGAAGUUGGGGCGAGGGAAGCGACGCUGGAGCAAAUUCGAGCCUCACAGAUGAGAGAGCAAAUAGACAGAAGCCUUAUCGAUAAUAUAGAGAAGCUGGAACGGCUACAGAAACAGAUCAAUAGCUCCCCUGAAAAGCCAUGGUUACGGUCUACGGAUGUAGUCGAAGAACGUCGCCAGGCCAUCUCUGCCAAGAUAGUCAAUCCAGUCCCGAAGCGCCUUCUUGAGUACCUCGCAAGGGAUAGGGUAGGGUCAAACAAGGACUGGUACUUUUUAACCCAUAAUGCGAUAUAUCAGGAACCUACCCUUACUGAACUUUUCCUCGGCAGCCGACCUUUGCUCUCAAUUCGAGAUUUGUACCUGCAAUUUGGUGCUUCAGAGGAUGCUCUUGACGCGGAGUUUAAGAUUCUAGAAUGCAAUUCGUAUGAACAACUGAAUAACAGGGCACCACUUGAACUAAUGUGCUAUGAGAUAGAGCGACACAUUCCGUUUUCUGCCAAUGACCAGCUUGAGCUUUCUUUACGCUAUUUCAUCCUUUUCAUUCUUGAUCGCAAGGUUUUCGAUUGUGUCGAACUGGACACUGAAUGGUGUGCUACGUUAUGGGAAAAACACAAGGCUAUUGAUAGAAUAGCCGUGUAUCUUUCAGUUGUUCCUAAAGAUUGUUAUUUUCUGCACUAUCGUGCGACACGCCUGCUGCCGCUCAAAGAUGAGUUACUUUGCAAACUCUUUAUAGGAUCUCAGCCCCAAGAGGUGAUAAAGCAGUUUGACACACUAUUGGAAAAUGAUGACUGGUUUCAGAUCCUCUACUUCAUGCUACUAGUGAACGGGUUGCCGGAUUACCCCCUAGGCGGAAUUCGAAUAUGGCAAUAUUUCAAAGAUCGCAUAUACGACAUGAACAUAGACAAUGUUUCGUCAAUUGAACUAUCUUUAUUGAAAAGUUAUGUUAACAUGUGUACGAGUUACAAAUAG